AUGCAACACAACCUCUGCAACGCCUACUGGUUUGGUGUUGGUGGCUGCACCAUCACCAGUGUGGCGCUUGGCAUCCACACUGGCUACAUGAACAUCAUGGACAACUUGCCCAAGCAUGAUCAACACAUGGCCUAUGGUUUCUUCAGUCAUGUGGUGGGAGUGGUCUUGGGCGCCAGCCUGGGUGCCACCAUUGGAUGUUGCAUCCUCUCCACCACCUACUGGUUUGGCUUUGGCGGCUUCGCCAUCACUGGUGCUAUGCUUGGCACCCGCUAUGGCUACAUGGACGCCAUGGACGGUCUGCCCAAGCACGCCCGUCAGGAGCCCAGUCCCACUGCCGAAGAGACCAGCCGGAGAGGCGGCAGAGCUAGAGUGGGACUGGGAGGACCACGUCAGUGA